CACGGCUCUGGAAUGCCGCCCAUCAUGAAUUACUCAUAGCCUUGUCAGAAAAUCGCAGACGAGUGGGAUACUAAUGCUCGAAUGGCCACGGCGGGGUGCUGCAUCCAUUUCUAUACUGACACCCCUUCCAGAUCGUAUAUCUUUCGGGGGCGGCCUUGAGUGAGAGCUUUCGCCCCUCGCGAGACCUCCUUCCGCCCUCCCUCUUCUCUUCUCUUUAUUUUGCUUCGCCAUGUCCACCCGACACUCUUUCUUGUCUACGACAGGGCUCAUUCGAAGCCCAUCCGCCGUCAGCACAAUUUCUACACAUGCCUCGUCCGGCGGCACAAAGCCGACAAAAUCUGAGGCUUCAGUUUUUAAGACUAAGGCCACUCGUACAGAGCCUUUGAAGGCUCUUCGCACUCGGGCGGGAAUCGUGCCUCUAGGGCCCACCUUUCUCGUCGUCAUGGCCCUCCUAUUUUCCCUGCUUUUCAUCGCUUCGAUAUCUUUUGCUUUCAUUGGGUCGGAAGAAGGUCCAGACUUCAAGGACGUGCUUGAUGAUGUGGCUCAGAAUAACCCAGGGAUCGUUCUUGUAGGCGAGAAUGUCGAUGUAGACGUUGACGAGCCGUCCAUCACCGUCCGAUGGUCGAUCCUUGGCUGCGGAUCAGCGUUUGUCCUGAAGGGGUCCGAAGGUGCCCACGGGAGCUCGUCUUGCGGUAUACCAUCUAUGCCACUCAGCAUAUUCGUCGAUGCUAAUGGGGAGAAUCCUACUGCCACCUAUGAUCCCACUAACAUACCAUUCCUGAGCAAAAACGGUAAACGGCAAAGCAUUCAGAAUCUCUUUCAAUUCGAUAGCGACCAUGUUUUGGAUGUUCACUUGACACGUCUCUAUCCGUUCGACACAUACGAACUGACUAGCACCAUCCAUAUCCUCGACAGCAAUAAAAACCCCGUCACCCUUUCUCGACUUCCAACAAUUACUGAAACACCAAGUUUCCUUGUCUCGCCUUCUGAUGUUGCUAGCUUCAUGAACUCUACGUCUUCCGAUGACGCCACUGAGCAGCAAGGGAGAAACUUAGUCCUGAAGGUGGUCCGACCUGGUGAAGCAAGAGCUUUCGCUCUGCUGUUAUUUGCGGUGAACUGGAUGCUGGCUCAUGCUACCGUAGCGUACACGGUACUAGCUUGGAAGACGGAUGACACGGAAAGGAUACUCAAGUAUCUGGCCUUCGUCGCUGCCACAAUGCUGUUGAUCCCGCAACUAAGGAACGCAAUGCCAGAUGCUCCCGGAUUCGACGGCGUCCUCAUCGGUAUGUGUUACCUCCAACUUCUACUAACUCACCAACACCUCACCCUAACAACCAACUACAACAGACAGCAUCGGGUUCUUCCCACAAAUGCUCAUGAGCGGCUUUUGUCUCAUCUUCAUCCUCGCUGCAAUAGCUCAGCGAGAGCUCCGCAUCUUCGCCGCUGUCGCGGCGUCUGCUGAAUCGGACGUCAAGCCUAAGGAACAUCCCGCGUCGAUAUCUCACGGCUUGCGGAGACUCCGACUUGCCGGGUCGUCGUCCUCUUUGGACCUCAGACACGCUCGUUCGUUCAGUAGGAAUUUCAUGCGUCCCGAGCCCCCAAGUCCCAUUGCGGAAUGAGUUUCUUUAAAGCCCAAUUCGCUCAUUGGCGAGUUCUAUGCUCGUGGACCACUCGGACUCUUUCGUAUGGACUUGAAUGCAUUCUUGUAAAUUUGUUAUUUUGGACUUUCUUGGACAAUUGUGGACCACUUGUAGCCGAUUGUAGAUUGUACAAAUGGACGGUGUAUUAUAACAUACAUAGGUACUCAAAUAAACUGUGCAGGAUGUGUGAAGUACCAAAUCUCUCG